AUGGCUAACACCAAGAGAUAUUCUAUCGUCUGUUGUUUAUUAGUUGGUCCCUCUCGCCCACCUCCCCCAGUUUCCUUUGACGACGGCAGAGGAUCCGCUGUUGGAGCCUGCACACCAGGGACGUAUGGAUUGGGCUGUAGCUACAUCUGCCACUGUAGUAGUAACUGCAAUGACGUCACAGGCUGUUUCGGCAGCUGUCAAAGAGGAUGGUCUGGACCCAAAUGCAAUAAGGAAAACAUAGCUCUGGGUAAACUAACCAGCCAGAGUUCCUACUGGCGAACUUCAAUACAAUCGUCACGUGCCGUAGAUGGGAGUCCCAAAACACGUUUUACUGAACAUUCGUGUAUACACACAGCACCUGGACACCCGUUCACCUGGUGGAAGGUAGACCUGGGCAGUGAAUUCUACAUACACAAGUUAGCCAUUCAUUUAAGGACAGACUACAAAGGUCGCAGAAAAGGCGUUACGGUGUACAGCUCAGUUGCUGAAAUCCAAACAAACACUGGUCACCUGUGUGGUUCAAUAAAAUCAACCAGUCCAGAUGUGACGUGGAUGACAUGUGACGAUAUAGCUAGAUACAUCACACUCUACCGAGAUGACAGCAGCACCGGAGACACGGCGAUGAGCUUUUGUGAAGUCCAAGUAUUUGUUUGUAAUGCUGGGACAUUCGGUGAUGACUGCAGCCAGUUCUGCCACUGUGGAGAUGGACCGUGUAACUACGUAACUGGAGAAUGCUCGGGAGGAUGUAAACCCAACUGGACUGGACAGACGUGCAGUGAGUGUGAUUCUGAACAUUAUGGUCCUCUGUGCGAAAACCCUUGCUCCAGCAGACACUGUGAUGACUCACGUGGUAAAUCCUCAUGUAAUAAAACGACUGGACGAUGUGAUAACGGAUGUACAGCAGGAUGGAAGGAACCAGAUUGUAUAAAGGAAUGUGAUUCUGAUCGCUAUGGUCCUCUGUGUGAAAAUUUGUGCUCCAGCAGACACUGUGAUGAAUCACGUGGUACAUCAUCAUGCACCAAACAGACUGGACGAUGUGAUAACGGGUGUACAGCAGGAUGGAAGAAACCAGACUGUACAAAAGAGUGUGAUGCUGGCACUUUUGGUGAUGACUGCACCUUGUUCUGUCACUGUCGAGAUGGACCGUGUAACUAUGUGACUGGUGAAUGUUCUGGAGGAUGUCAACAAAACUGGACAGGACAGAUAUGCAAUGAAUGUGAUUCUGAUCACUAUGGUCCUCUGUGUGACAAAUCUUGCUGCGGUAGACACUGUGAUGAAUCAGAUGGUAAACCGUCAUGUGAUAGACAAACUGGACGAUGUGACAGAGGAUGUUCAGCAGGAUGGAUUGAACAAGACUGUACAAAAAGUUGUGAUUCAAACCAUUAUGGUGUGAAUUGUAAAUCGCUGUGUGAAGACAGACACUGCAAUGGGGAACAACUCUGUCACCAUGAACUGGGAUACUGUAAUGGCGGAUGUCUCACAGGGUGGACUGGACUUACCUGUGUUGAAGCUGUCACUGGUCCCGAGGGCAACAGGGAUUCUAUCGCCACCAUUUCUCUUGCCGUGGUCGCAGCGAUUCUUCUUGUGCUGCUUAUUGCAAGUGUUUUGUGGCACUUUAGAAGUCGGAAUUCUCAACGCAACAACGUCGCACGUCAAUUUAUUUCAUCCACGUCAGAUGAUCGAACGGAAGCCGAGCCGAGUGGCCUUGACAGUGGGAGUAGCUAUGUUAAUGCAGGCCAAAGUAAUGAAUAUGAACAACUCGAUGUAUUAAACUCGCCACAGAAUGAUUAUGAUAAGAUAACAGGCGUUUAGAUACAUACAAAUGAUAUAAGUUUUA